GUCGCCAUUCGUGCAGUGAGAGCCGAGGACCCAGGAGUUUCCCUUCGCACCUGUUCGUCUGUGCCUGUCUCUCCACCUGUUGAUGUUCAGGAUGAGGCGUGUGGCCCUCCUGGUGGCUCUGGCUCUUGGGGUGUUGGUGGCUCUCGCAGCAGCCGCCAGCCCAAGGGAGCGUCGACAGGCGGCCGGCGCGACCCAGGAUUACGGGGCGUGCAAGAACAAUACAGGUGUGUGUGUGCCCUACUACCUGUGCAAGGACGGCCAGGUGAUAAAGGACGGGGAUGGAAUCAUAGACAUCAGAGUUGGCGGGAAGACAAACUCCCAGGAGUGCUUGAGUUACCUGGACGUGUGCUGCGGGCCAGGUGCCGUGCUGGCCUCCACCACCACCACCACGACCACCACCACCACCACCCAGGCCUCCGCCACCACCACCACCGCCCCCUACCAGGCCUUCUGCGGCAAGAGGAACGUCAACGGCAUCGAUGUCAAGAUUCAGGGGUUUAAGGACAACCAGGCCCAGUACGCGGAGUUCCCGUGGAUGGCUGCCGUGCUGCAUAAGACCUACGAGGAAGACGUGCUCGUGAACCUGUACGUGUGCGGCGGCUCCCUCAUCCACCCGUCCAUCGUGCUGACGGCGGCCCACUGCGUCAACAAGUUCAAGAGUCUCGCGUCGCAUGUCCGCGUCCGACUCGGGGAAUGGGACACGCAGAGGACCUAUGAGCCUUACCCACACCAGGAUCGGGACGUGGCCGCCGUGGUUAUUCACCCGGGCUUCCACCCCGGCAACCUAGCCAACGACUUCGCCCUCCUGUACCUCGCCCAGCCUGCUGUCCUCGGCAAGAACGUGGGCCUCAUCUGCCUCGAGAAGAUUAACUACCUGAACUCCAACACCACCUGCGUCGUCACCGGCUGGGGCAAGGACAAGUUUGGGGCCGAGGGCGUGUUUCAGAACGUGCUCAAAACGGUGAACCUGCCUUUUGUUGCCCACCCGGCAUGCCAGAACAAGCUUCGCACCACAAGGCUGAGUAAGUACUUCAUGCUGCACCCGUCCUUCCUCUGUGCCGGCGGCGAGACGGGGAAGGACUCAUGCAGCGGCGACGGCGGCUCCCCACUCAUGUGUAAGAGCCCAGAAACUAGCAGCUACGUGCAGGCCGGCAUCGUGGCGUGGGGCAUCGGCUGCGGCACCGGCGGCGUCCCUGGGGUGUACGCCGACGUGUCCUUUGGCUACGACUGGAUUGUGUCAGAGUCCGAUAAGCUGCUGAAGAAUACCGACGGGUACCACCCCGGCUACUGGGAGGGUUAGGGCGUGAUGCCGCACUGCCCCACGCCCCUGCCCCAGCGACUCGCCCGCCCUCGCCACUCUCGCUGCAGGAGGUCCUCGAGGGUUCAGUGACAGUAUAAGCUAAGAAAGUAAACACAAUGACUCCCAAAGCCUAAGACAAAAACCGCAAUAUGGCCAAAAUUUCAGUAAAUGUCUUUCUUUGCGACCCUCUGACCAACUCCACUCAAUUUACUUACGGGCUUCUUUGUUUUCAUGGCGGGCUUUUUCGUUUUCUUAUAUUUGUGCCCUUGAGCUGCUUCCUUUACUGUAAACAAAUAAAUAAAUACCGUCACUGGAUCAUCGAGUCUCCUCCAGCACAGCGAGCAAAGUUGAAAAAAUGAAGAAAAAAAAAAGUACCAUUAUUAUAGAAGUCUCCGUCGAGCAGUAGUAAUCGUAGAUGUUAUUGUACUGAUAUAAUUGCACUGUAGUUUUGUUUUGCAUAUUGUAUUUACCACAUAAAAGGGUACUACACAAAUA